GUACGUUUUUUUGUGACGCUAAUGUACUGUAAUAGAUUCAUGAUAACGAACGACCUUCCCAGGUUGAUAGCGUGAUACCUGAUAAUGCUUUUGGUCUCAUUAAUUCACAGUGUUGCCGGGUCACUCGAGCUGUGUUGUUUUAUUUUAUUGUGAUUGUUUUGUUUCAAGUUUUUUUUUUUUUUUAUUAUUUUUUAGUAAUUCAUAUCCAAAGUGACAAAUGCGGUGGGUGUAUGUUUUAAAUUCUUUUUUUUUUUAUUAAAUUGUAUCGAAGUGGCAAAUUCUGUUAGUGUGUGAUUAUUGUGGAAUUUUGUUUUUGUUUUUUUUUUUCUAUUGUACAUUUGUAGGGCAAUAAAAUGUACUUAAUAGAUAAAAAAAUUAUUACAAUCAUUUCGGAUAUCGAACCCAGCAAUAGUUAAUAUUUUCAAACAGAUGUCGAUUGCUGUGUCUGUCGAUUUCCUGAUACCAUGCAGUAGAUAAUUUGUGGCCAUGGAGAGCCGAGUGGGGCUUGAUUACAUAGUGGAACAUGCAGAAUACGCGGGGAAGUUGGCAGCCGCCCUCACGUCCCCGGCGGCGCCAGUCAAGAAACAGGUAUUCGAGCUCCUAUCAGCGUUGUGCGUGUACAACGCUGAUGGAUACGCGAGAGCCGUGGACACACUUGACCGCUAUAAAACCCUAAAAAAUGAGAGGUACCGCUUGAAUGUGGUGGUGGAGGAGCUUAAGAAUGCCUCCACCACUGACUACAAGACGGCGCUGGUGGCGUUCAUCAACUGCCUCAUCAUCUCAGCGCCGAGAUUACCUGACAGGAUCAGGGUCAGGAACGAGUUUAUCGGUCUUGGUCUUCUCCCAACUCUAAAUAAUUUAAGACAUGAAGCAGCUAGUCAACCAGACCUUGGGGUCCAGCUCGAUGUGUUCGAGGAGCAGCGGGAGAGCGACGAGGCCCAAGGACCCGGAGGCAUCAAUCUCAACUCGCAUCUCGAUGUGUUCUACGCAAUACUCAAACAGGUGGCAGAUACACCUCAAGAGAUACCAUUCCUGAGUAUCCUUCAGCAUCUUCUCCGCAUAGACCCUAAGGAACCCGUCAGCGAUAUCGUGUGGGAUACAGCUGAAACUCUAGUCCAUCGAGCUACCUUGUUAGAGAGCAGGGAAGAUGCUGCAAAACUCCUCAGAGCACCAAGUGUACAGGCUAAAAUGGGGUGUACAUGUCAGCACAGAGAUAUAUCAGCAGCGGGCAGGAAACAAAGUCUCCAGCGAGCGCUGUCCCCGCCACCUCCACCCCCGCCACCUGCGCCUGCGCCCGCGCCUCCGUCAGCUAUCCCCCCACCGCCAGCGCCGAUGAUGCCGGCGCCGCCGCGCGCUCCGCCGCCGCCGCAGCUGCCGCCGCCGCCGCCGGUGCCCGCGCCGCCGUCACCCGCGCCGGUCGUCGACAUCAAACUGCCGCAGCAGGAGACGCCAAUACCGAAAACCAAAAUGAAGACUAUUAAUUGGAAUAAGAUACCUAAUAAUAAAGUAAUCGGUCAAAACAACAUCUGGGCCAUAGUGGCGUCCAGUCAUAAACACUCGCCAAAGACAGAACUCGACUGGAGUGAAAUUGAAGGACUCUUCUGUCAACAGGUGCAACCAACAGGAUCAGCGGGCUCCUCCCCUCGUCUCGGCCGGAGCCCUAUAUGUGACAGCUCCGGAGAGAGGAAGCCAAGGAAGGAAUCUUCUGAAAUCACUCUCCUAGACGGCAAGAGGAGUUUGAAUGUCAACAUUUUCUUAAAACAAUUCCGAAGUUCCAACGAAGACAUAAUUCAGCUGAUACGCGAAGGAUCCCACGACGACAUCGGUGCUGAAAAAUUGAGGGGUCUCCUAAAAAUCCUGCCUGAAAUAGACGAGUGUGAAAUGCUGAAGGCGUUUUCAGGAGAUUUGACCAAAUUAGGAAACGCUGAGAAAUUUUUAUUGCAACUUAUUCAGUUGCCCAAUUAUAAGCUCCGUAUCGAAUGUAUGCUGCUAAAAGAAGAAUGGCCAUCGACCGCUGGUUAUUUAGAAAGUGCUAUUAACGCCAUAUUAGUAGCCGGUGAUGAUCUGAUAUCUUCUAGAGCUAUACAGGAAAUCCUAUACAUAGCACUAAUAGCUGGCAACUUCUUGAAUGCUGGAGGAUAUGCAGGGGGCGCUGCCGGAGUGAAGUUAUCGUCCUUACAAAAACUAUCCGAUAUUAGAGCAAACAAGCCUGGAAUGAAUCUGAUGCACUAUGUCGCUAUGCAAGCGGAACGCAAAAACAAAGAACUAGUCCAUUUUGCUGAUGACACACGAGUUUUGGACGAAGCGGCCAAAGCCAGUGUGGAGCAACUGUACAACGAGAUCAAAACAUUGGGUAAUAGGAUCGAGCAGUUGAAGAAAGAGAUCCAACUUCCAACCACGCAACAAGAUAUUAAGGAACAAAUGGGGGAUUUCUUGCAGGUAGCUGAACAGGAAGUGUCGGCAUUGAAUAAAGAUAUGGAGGAAGUAGAAAGUAUGAGGAAGCAGCUAGCUGAGUUCUUCUGUGAGGAUCCUGUAUCUUUCAAACUAGAAGAGUGCUUCAAGACGUUCGCGUCGUUCUGCGGCAAGUUCCGGUCGGCGGCGGGCGACAACGCGCGGCGCCGCGCGCACGAGGAACAGGCGGCGGCGCGUCGCCGCGCGCGCGACCUCGCCGCCGCACGCCUCAAGCAUGGUGGAAGCAGUGUUUGCAGCACGCCAGUUUCAGAAUGCGAGUCGCUGAUGGAAUCUCUACUAUUGGACAUAAGAAAUGGACUCGGAAGGAGAUCGCUGAGGAAGUCCCAUGAUCCUUCACCGUCUCCAGACGUGACGCCGACGGGCAGCCUGCGGCGCCGCAGCCGCGCGAGCCCGGGCGACGACGACGACACGCUGCUCGAGUUCCUGCGCCACUCCGCGCCCGCCGCCGACAUGCGCGAGCGCAGCGCCUGGGGCAGCCUCGAUCGCUCGUGGUCUCGACGCGGUCCAGUUCGAGCAAAGCUCGAGAUCCCUGAGCGCGAACACGAACGCGAACGUGAACGAGAGCGGGAGGCUGCGCGCGAGCGAGCACCCUCCCCCCGCACGCCCGCGUCCCACGCACCGCAGCUUGACACCGCUUCGCCGAAACCAAAGGAAUGGCGACAAAAAAUCGAGUCGUGGCUGCGACAGAACAGCCAGGAGGAGAAACGAGACGCCGAGUUACGAGAGCGCGCGCGCCGCUUACAAGCCAACCGGCGCUCCUUGGAAAACGACUCCGAGAGCAGCGGUGGCGGCGGCGGCGGCGGCGGCGGCGGCGCGCUGGGCCCGCUGCCCGAGGCGCGCGCCGACUGGCGGCCGCAGCGCGCCGUGCUGCGAGACAGCGACGUCGUGCGCACGCUCGAGACCGUCGAAGAUGUACAACCGCCGAAAAAAGACAGAGUUCCGUGGAGAAAGACCGAAGAAAACGAAGAGAUGAGACGACUUCGAAGACAGCGCUCGAGACAACAGAUAGAAGCGUCACAGUCACUAGUAUCAAUCACAGAAGAGGACAAACGGAAACUUCCUGAUAUUAAAGUGACCAGUGAUAGGGACACAAGAAUAGAAAGAACGGAUAGGGAGAUAGAUUCAGACAAUAUAGAAACACCACCGGCCCAAAGAAAAUUCUUCAAUCCUCCACCAGAGAAAGAACCUUGUCGAAAAUUCCAACCAUCUUUAUCCAAGUUCAAUUUAAGCGACAAAGCAACAAACGAAAUGAAAGACUUAUGUCAAGAGAUUUUAGGAGAUGGCCAAUUCGACAGGUUUUCAGCUGCAAGGAGAACGAGAAGAUAUAAAAGAAAUGCCGAUUCAAGUUCCCCAGAAGAGGAUAAGAAACCUGAUAGCCCUACUGAAUUAGUGGCAGAGACUCAAGUUAUAAGACCCUCAAAACUUGAAGUGCAAGCCUCAUAUCCCGUUGAAGCUCCUCAAGAAGUAGCAAAACCAAUAGAAAUAGUUGUAAAAGACGAGAAAGAAAACAGGUUGAAACGUUGGCAGGACAGACUUAAAAACCAAAGUACAGUAACCACUCCAACCAAAGAAACUAAACCACAAUACUCUAGAAUGAGGCGGCAGACAUCGAUUAAUCAAGAAGAUGUCCAGAAAGCAAUAAGAGAGUUGAAAUCACCAACGGAAACACCCACCGGGGUAUGGUCUAGGAAUACUUAUAGGAAAUCAAUGAAUGCUAAAAUUGAGAGAGCUCCUGAAAGGACUACUUCACCGCGCAUUCCCAAAGUUAAAAGUGAGCAUGAGCUAAAUGACGAAGGAUUUGAAGAAACACAAAGUCUGAAUUCUGAAAGCGCAUCUCAAGGCGCUUCAUCUGGGUGCAAUGUAGAAUGUGACUCUCCCGUCCCAAAAAUUACGAAAUCUCCAGUCGUUCCAAAGAAAAUUUCGACCAAAGAAACAAGGACACCUCCACGGACGCCUGUAGACCCGAAACGCGUAGUGCCUAAGAGAACCAGUUCGUUGAGAGUUGAGAGAUCAACAUCGAGAGCAUCGCUGCGUAGUUCUAGAAGUUCUUUGAACAGUUCUGCUUCUGUUGCUACCGUCAAAAAAGCUCCUGCUCCAGUGAAGCCUACACCCAAACCGGUUCCAAAACCGAUAUCGAGGAUGCCGGCAUCUAGAUCAUCCUCAUCAGGUAGCUCAGUUGGUACUGCUAGGCCACCAUUAAAGACUACAAAUAAAACGUCAGGAUUCAUGAGGCCCACCCAAGCUUCUAAAGGCAGAGGCACCCUGACUCCGCAACCAACUGUUAAAGCUAACGUAAAGUAAUUUUCUAUAAUUAUGAUAUUUCUCAGAGUCACGGUAAAUUUUUAAAACAAGUGCCUUCGAACGGUGUUUUUGGUCGCACAAUUCACACAUUUUAUUUUUGAAUGUGGUGUGUUUAUGCAAAUUAUUAAAUUUUGAUAGAUGUUUGCUUAACGGAUAUUUUACAUAAAAUAACAUCAAAUGGGAUUUUAAACUAUAAGAAGUAAUAAAUAACUCUUGACGAACCCAAGAAAUUCAAAAUUUUUUAUAAAAUUUUUUAAUGCAUUCUAAUUUCAUAUUCCUCUAUUUCUCUGUCUGUUUAGAAGCCGUUUGUUAACGAAUGACACUAGAUUUGUUUUUUAAAUGCAGCAGAAAAAUAAAGCAAUAUGUAUCAAUGGGCAAUUAGUAAUAAUAAAAUAAACAAAAUAUUAACCAGUUAGACAUUAUUGGAAUCUUCAGAUAAAUUUAGGCGCUAGAAUCUCACCAAGAGUCUGAAGUUUUCAAUGACUGAUGUAGUUCUAAUUUUAGUACCUACCUUUCUAUUCCAUAAAUUUUAUUGAACAAUUUUAUUUAGUAUGAAUAUAUAUAUAUACUUAACGAUCCUUCUAAAUAAAAUUAUGUCAGUUUUUAUUAUUAAUAAAAUAUGGUCAACAGAGUAGUAUAAUAUAAAAAAAAAAAAAAACAAUUACUCAACUUUCGAUGCUGACAAAUGUCUAGUGUUUCAAAAUAGUAUAAUUUCGUCUAGAAUCUAGAUCUGCUAGUUUCAAUCCCCAUACAUUUUCUUAUUAUUGAUAUAAAAAUAGAUUUAAUAAUUACAAUUUAUUAUUAUUUCAUUACCCAAUAAUGUGCCACAAUUAGAACGGGUAUUUUAUAUUAUUUAUUUAAAUGAAAAUACAUUUUAAAUAUAAAUUAUUGUUCAAUUUUAAGAGCAGGGGGUCGGGGACAAGAUUUAAUUAAUUAAAUCUGACAGAAAAUUAUAAAAUAUGCGAUAUUAAAAUUAAGCAUUCUGACAAAAUUAUAUAUGUAAGUCUGCAACGAAUCCCAAUGUAAUUACGUCAGUGUUUUGUCAGUUUUAUAGAUUACCUACUAAUUAAUAUUUUUUAUAUUUUAGUUUAAUAAUUCAAAGACAUAGGACAAUUGAUCUGAUUUGUAUGUGUAUGUAUGACUAUGAUCAAAAACUGUAUUGUCACAAUGUAUAUUUUAAUGAAAAUAAUUAAUAAGUCUUAACACCAAUGUUUUAUUGUAUGUGUUUAUUUACUAAACGAAAUACAAUAAAUUUAUACACAUUUUA